AUGGGUCACCUGGGAUAUGAAGUGUUUGCAGGUCUACACCACAGGUCUACACCACAGGUCCACCAUAGGUCCACACCACAGGUCCACACCACAGGUCCAUCACAGGUCUACACCACAGGUCCACCACAGGUCCUCCACAGGUCCACACCACAGGUCCACACCACAGGUCCACACCACCGGUCCACCACAGGUCUACACAACAGGUCCACAUCUCAGGUCCACCACAGGUCUACACCACAGGUCUACACCACAGGUCCACACCACAGGUGUACACUACAGGUCCACCACAGGUCUACACUGCAGGUCCACACCACAGGUCCACACCACAGGUAUACACCACAGGUCCACCACAGGUCUACACCACAGGUCAACACCACAGGUCUACACCACAGGUCCACUACAGGUCUACACCACAGGUCCAGCACAGGUUUACACCAUAGGAACACCACAGGUCUACACCACAGGUCCACCACAGGUCUACACCACAGGUCCACCACAGGUCUAAACCACAGGUCCACCACAGGUCUACACCACAGGUCCACACCACCGGUCCACCACAGGUCUACACCACAGGGCCACUACAGGUUUACACCACAAGUCUGCCACAGGUCCACACCACAGGUCCAACACAGGUCUACACCACUGGACCACCACAGGUCUACACCACAGGUCCACACCACAGGUCCACCACAGAUCCACACCACAGGUCCACCACAGGUCCACACCACAGGUCCAACACAGGUCUACACCACAGGACCACCACAGGUCUACACCACAGGUCAACACCACAGGUCCACCACAGGUCCACCACAGGUCUACCACAGGUCUACCACAGGCCCACACCACAGGCCCACAACAGGUCCACCACUGGUCUACACCAGAGGAGAGGGCUAUGGCUUUCAGACCCUCUCGUUUCAGAGGAUAUUGCAAGGGUCCAAUCCCUGGACCCCACCACCAGAGGGUCCAAUCCCUGGACCCCACCACCAGAGGGUGCAAUCCCUGGACCCCACCACCAGAGGGUUCAAUCCCAGGACCCCACCACCAGAGGGUCCAAUCCCUGGACCCCACCACCAGAGGGUCCAAUCCCUGGACCCCACCAUCAGAGGGUUCAAUCCCUGUACCCCACCACAAGAGGGUUCAAUCCCUGGACCCCACCACCUGAGGGUUCAAUCCCUGGACCCCACCACCGGAGGGUUCAAUCCCUGGACCCCACCACCGGAGGGUUCAAUCCCUGGACCCCACCACCUGAGGGUUCAAUCCCUGGACCCCACCACCUGA